AUGAUAGAUGAAUGGUUUCAGAUGGAAGGAUCGGGAGCUUUAGAAGACUGGCUCGCCCAGCAAACUGGAUUAAUCACAGGAAGUGAAUCAGCCCAGGCAUUGUGGACUACCACACUGAAUGUCCCGCCAUCCUUCUGCAGUGAGAGCUGCUCACCUGGACAUCGAAAAGCCACUCGGCAGGGAACACCAGUGUGUUGCUUUGACUGUGUCCUGUGUUCAAAAGGGGAGAUAACAAAUCAGACAGAUGCCAUUGCAUGCUUGAAAUGUCCAGAAAAUGAAUGGUCCAAUGGGAAGCAGAAUAAGUGCAUUCUGAAACAAGUAGAGUUCCUUUCAUUUGAUGAUCCUCUAGGAAUAGCUUUAUCUUCCAUUGCUGUCUUUUGCUGCUUAAUAACAUUGACAAUAUGUAUAAUUUUCUCAAAGAAUAAUAACACACCGAUUGUAAAAGCCAACAAUCGUGAACUUAGCUAUGUUUUGCUUCUUACACUCAUGAUGUGUUUCCUCUGUUGCUUUAUCUUCAUUGGACGCCCUCAACCAAUCAGCUGCAUGCUACGUCAGGUUGCCUUUGGUGUGGUAUUUUCAUUUGCAGUUUCUUGUAUUCUAACCAAGACUGUCAUUGUCAUUGUGGCAUUUUCUGCCACAAAGCCAGGAAGCAAACUCAAAAAAUGGGCAGAGCUCAAGAUACAUAAUGUUAUUAUCAUUUUCUGCACCGCUCUUCAGAUCGGGAUUUGCAUUAUUUGGUUGACAACAUCUCCACCUUCUCCUGAACAGAAUACAAAAUCUGAGACUGAGAAGAUCAUUUUGGAGUGUAAUGAGGGCUCAGGAACAGCAUACUGGAGCAUGAUGGGAUACAUGGGAAUUCUUGCUAGUGUUAGCCUAAUUGUAGCAUUUUUAGCGCGAAAACUGCCUGACAGUUUCAAUGAAGCUAAAUACAUCACAUUCAGCAUGAUUGUUGUCCUCAGUGUGUGGUUCUCAUUUAUCCCAGCCUAUAUGAGUACAAAAGGGAAGUACAUGGUCGCAGUAGAGAUUUUUGCAAUCUUAUCCUCUAGUUCUGGGAUCCUGGGGUGCAUAUUUUUUCCAAAAUGCUACAUCAUUCUUCUGAGGCCUGAUAUGAACACAAGGGAACAUCUAAUAGGCAAAAAAGUAAAGGACUAA